AUGCGUGGUUUUAUCGUCCUGUGUUUAAUUGCCGUUGCCUGUGCGGAUAUACAGGGCUACAAUUAUUAUCCAAAAGAACACUCAAACGCCGAUAGUAGUCGUGGACUAGGUGGCCCUGGCGGACGAAAUGAUUUGGCAGGUGACAAUGGAGCCGCAACUUCGGACUCACCUUCUUACUCUGCACCCGCUACUGAAUUCGACAAGGUUUUUUACACCUACACCGCUAACGAAGAAGAUUUCAAUGAACCGGCUGGCAGCGAGCAAAUUGCCAAAUCAUUGAAAAAGAAUCUGCGAGUCGUCCUCAUCAAGGGCCCAGAGACUAAUGGUUUGGAGAACGCUGCGCUCAACAUUGCUAGACAAGCUGCCGAACAGAAAACCGCCAUUUACGUUUUACAAAAACAAGCUGAUUUGAGUGAUUUAGCCAACAAACUGCAGGCUCAGCAUGAUGUCCAGAGCCAUACGCCAGAGGUGCAUUUCGUCAAGUAUCGAACGGCAGAGGAUGCGAUCAACGCUCAUCGCGCAAUCCAGUCUCAAUACGACCAAUUGGGUGGAAAUUCUCAAUCGCACGAUGGUGGUUCUGCACCAGUCCACAAUUUUGCGUCGCAGGCCACUUUCCAGGCGCCACGUACUAUUAGCUCUCCAAGUGCUUCCUAUUUACCUUCUUCGAUCGUUCAAGCAUAA